GGGGCCGCGCCGCGCCGCGCAGCUCUGUCACAGCGCUGCAGACUGUGAAGCCGCGCUGUUCUGUCCCGCAGAAUUUCACGCUUCUCCCCGGUUCUGUGACUGAGCAGACUACACAGUUCCGGCCACCUCGGCGGCGAGAAAAGCCACUGGCUCGGAAUUGGGAGGAACUAAAUUCCUGCAGUUGAGCUGGCCAAGGAGGGACGCUUUUGACAUUACACAACAUGGCAGUCUUGGGAAGUCGACUAAUGUUUCAAUUGGCCAGGUGCAGCAGGGACAGGAGCUGGUGCAUCAGUACGCAGUACAGGUGGCAGUCCACAGCAGCUGCUGCAGUAAAGAAACCAGCUGUAGGAGCCAGCCCCCAGAUUCGGGAAAGCAGGAAACCCAAAACGGGAAUUUUAAUGCUCAACAUGGGGGGACCCGAGAAGCUCGAGGACGUCCAUGAUUUCCUGUUUCGGCUUUUCAUGGACAGGGAUUUGAUGACGCUUCCUGUGCAGAAUAAGCUUGCGCCGUUCAUUGCAAAGCGACGCACCCCCAAGAUCCAGGAGCAGUACAGUAAGAUCGGCGGGGGGUCUCCUAUAAGGAUGUGGACCACUCUGCAGGGCGAAGGCAUGGUAAAGCUGCUGGAUGAAAUGUCUCCGGAGACAGCUCCCCAUAAAUUCUACAUUGGAUUCCGGUAUGUCCACCCGCUGACAGAAGAGGCUAUUGAGGAGAUGGAGAAAGAUGGAGUGGAGAGAGCUGUGGCCUUCACCCAGUACCCGCAGUACAGCUGUUCGACCACAGCUGUAGUCUUGUCUUCAGCUGUUUCCCUUGUCUUCACUUCCUUGGCUCAGGCACAGUUUGCAGAGCACAUUAAAAAAGAACUGGACGCCUUCCCUGCCGAGAAGAGGGACGAUGUGGUUAUUCUCUUCUCUGCUCAUUCGCUCCCCAUGUCUGUAGUGAAUCGAGGGGACCCCUACCCUCAAGAAGUGGGUGCCACAGUACAGAGAGUCAUGGAGAGGCUGAAGCACUGCAACCCCUAUCGCCUGGUGUGGCAGUCCAAGGUUGGCCCAAUGCCUUGGCUAGGUCCUCAGACAGAUGAUACCAUUAAAGGCCUGUGUCAGAGAGGAAAAAAGAACAUCAUGUUGGUACCUAUUGCCUUCACCAGUGACCACAUUGAGACACUACACGAGCUGGAUAUUGAGUAUUCCCAGGUGCUAGGGGAGGAGUGUGGUGUGGAAAACAUCAGAAGAGCUGAGUCACUAAAUGGAAACCCUCUCUUCUUUAAGGCGUUGGCUGACUUGGUGUACACUCAUCUGAAGUCCAAGGAACCCUGUUCCAGACAGCUGACCCUGCGCUGCCCAAUGUGUGUCAACCCAGUGUGUGGGCAGGCAAAAGCUUUUUUUGCCAACCAGAAACCCUGACGUCUCUUUUUAAUCUGUGAAGGUAGUAGAGUGAACACCAAUAAGCCUCUCAUCAGCUACACAUAUCUCCCAAUUACAGAAAAAAAAAUAUCCCCAGGAAUAUGAUUAAAGCACCUUACUGUUGAUAAACAGAAGGAGUUAAAUAGAGUGUGCUGAGCACAGAAAUUGUUUACAGACCCCAGUUCACUGAGAAAACAAAUCACUUUGUGUUAUGGGCUUCCUACAUGACUGGGAAAAAAAACUGCACAAGUGUACUACAGAAGUUUUCUGAUUGAGAAAACCUGGCCAUGAAUAUUCCCACCAUGAAUUCCCCCAAUUUAGUCCCCCAGAGAUCAUUCGUGUACAGGAAGAUAAGAAAUGUUAUAUACGACAGCAGGCCACCUGGCCCAUUGAGUCCAUUUUGAGCCCAUUAAGUCGCUAAUAGUUAAAGGUCUCAUCCAGCCGCUUCUGACAGUAACCAGGGUGUCAGCACCAACAGCACGGCUGGGUAGCCUGUUCCAAGUGCCUCCUGUUCUCCGUUUUUAAUGCCCUUCCACGCAAUUUCCAUGUGUGCUCCCCGGUUCGUGUUUCACUGUUCCUUCUGAGAUUUUGGUCACGUGUUUGUGGAAUAAAGACUUGCAUGCGUCGGCAACAUAAGCUUGUUCAGAUUGUGCUUCUGCAGAAGGUGGGUUGACUUGAUAAAGACUGAAUCCCAUGGCUCAUAGAGCUAUCAGUAACAUAUCAGUCAAGCCACAGCUUGGCAUGGCAGAGACCUGCCCCUGCUUGGGACUGUUUAUGGCCUAUGCUCUUCCUGUUAUUGACUUAAAACUCAGCUCAAAGCUGCAGCUUGGUACCGUCCGGUCUAACACAGCUGCAUGAAUGAUCAAAGUAAAGACAUCCAGAUAUCCCUUGGCCUCCACAGUUAUGACUUAGUGACAAUAUCUUGUUCUGUUAUGACAGAGGCAACAGGCAGCAAUGGUGAUGUGGAAUCUCAAGAACGUGCCUUUUUAUUUUGUUAUGAUUUUCUUCUCAGACAGAAACUCAGCCUUUCUCACCUGAAAUGUUAACAUCUUGUCUAUCAGACUUGGCGUCUCAAGGCCAGCCUUGAUAACCCGCAGGGCUCUGCUCUUUAUUCUGAGCAUGAACCCCAAAUUCAAGCUUAGAAUUUGCUGUGUUCUGAAAAUCAUUUUUCUCAAUGUGCUUGCAUUUGUUGAAUUUGUUCUGGUUUGUCUGGGGUAAUGUGGUAUUGUGACUAUUCUGCAUAAUCCUGCUCUAGAAAAAAAGCUACUGUUUCUGAAAAACUCCAUCAUAAAGUCAAAGACAGCAGAAUGCAUUUUUCUGUCUGUUUCCUUGUUACAAAUGCACAAGACCUUCUUGUGCAAUUAGUUCAUCCUCUUGAUAUUGUUUCUCCCUUCUCCUGACUUUUGGAUCAGACAAAAAAUGGUCAGUGUGGGGCUAGUUCCCUUGGCUUGGAUGACAGUUGCUUAACCUUUUUUAAUCAUUAUUUCAACUAGAAGUUUGAGUUCAGUCUCUGAGAACACAAUCUAAGCUUUACAUGAUCUGGCAGCUCAGAGCCUGGAGUUACCACUCUUCAGGGCUUCGCUUGUAGUUAUCUGGUGGUCUCCAGCGACUGAACCCAAGAAGAUCCAUUGUGUGGCUAUGUGACUCUGGAUAAUUCUAAUUUACAGUACUUCUCCACAGAACAGAGAAGAAUAAUGACAUAGUGCACGGAAAGCUUCUUUUCCAAAAGCAAUCUGUGACUAAGAUACUGUAUAAUUAAAAACAGCUGGAGUCAUUUUUCUGCUGCACAAUGAAGUGGCGACACCGAUUAAACCUGAAGAGCAUAUCCCUGUACCUGUACAGCCUCUGUCCUGCAAGUCUGAUCUUUACCCCUUUGAUCAAUUCAGUCUAAUAACCCGAUUGUUAUUCUGACCAAUUAAGUACAGCUGUGACAAUGUACUUAUAGCUUUCAUAAAGAAUAUCAAAAUUAACCUGUGCCUUUUCAGGACCAGGGUUGACCUGCACUGCAGUUACAGAAAGAAUAUAAUGUGCAGUACGCAUGCAUGAUUACAUUCUAGAUACACUGAUGUAUGAACCCCAGAACCUGUCAUGCAGGUUUCCUGUAUCAAUCAGCAAGUUAGUUUGAAGCACCUCAGUUGAAUGUGGUGAAUGUAAAGACUUAACUAUGUCGUAGCUUGACCCUUUCAGGAAAUGAUGUCAUAGGCACACUUGUUUUUUCCAUCUGGAGGCGUCACUCAUGUUCCCCCCCCUCCCCCCGACUUCCAGGUCUGUUGUGCAAAUUGUUGCUCUUCUUGGUUUGCAGUUGUGACUCUUGGACCUCUGCAGGUGGGUUUUAUAAGUGGCACCGUGAGUCCUGGCUGGAUCCCGCAGCACAGCAUAAGAACAUCAGAAAGGUUACAAACAAGAGGGAGACUUUCAGACCACUUGGUAGUUGGGAUGAGGAUCCCAUCCAGCCGUUCAUUGAAAGGUGCCAGGGUUACAGCUUCAACAGCUUGGCGGGGUGGCCUAUUUCACACUCCCGCAACCCUCUGGGUAAAGACAAUUCUCAGUUUUUAACUCACUUCCAUGUAGUUUCCACUUGUGCCCUCAAGAUGCUGCAUAUCCCCGAUUUAGCUGGCUGACGCUUUAAUCCAGAGCAAUUUACAUUUGCGCCCAAUUUGUGGUGCUCGUUUAUUUUAGUCCUGAGGGAAGUACUUUGCUCAGGAGUGCAACAGAGGACUCUCGCCUGGCAGUUGGAAGCCACAACCUUCCAGUUUCGACUCUAACCACUGCUCCGCACUGCUGCCCCCUUGUGGACAGUUAGCAUGGAAGGAGAAGUGGCGCAGCUCGCAUCAAGCCAACGCAGGAUUCAGCUUGCAGGCACCCAUCAAGUCCUCUUGUCAUGAACCAACGGGUGUAUCUUGGCUGACAGGGAGCCACCCAACAUGAUGGCGGUCAGCCCACUUCCACUUGGAGAAUCCCCAGCCAGGAUUGAGACGUCGCACACGCUUCAUCCACAUAUUUGCAGAGCGCAGAGCUCAGAUUGCACCAUUAAUGUUUGAGUCACUUUGAAACUUUCCAACAUCCUUUUUUUGUGGUGAAUCAAAAACAAAAAGGCCGAUUGGCCUUUUCAAGUCUUCCGUUGCCAAAAAAAAAAUCCUCCGUUGUUCAUGUUAUCAAGCAAGCGUAUCACGCUUUCAGAUACUUUCUCCUUUUUCUUUUUUUUUUUUCCCUGAUAAAAGCAUCCAUUGAUGAAGCUGUUGUCGAUUACGUUGGGUGAAAUUGGUUGUCUCGGUCCCAGUAAGCCCUGACUGUGAACGUGCUCAUAGCCAGGAGUUGGUCAGGCUGUGACAGGGAAUCUGGGAAGUUAAAGAUGUUGACCUGUGAGCCGCUGCUCUUCCUGGUAAUUGAAAAGUGAGGGAGGCUGUUGUGUGGCACUGUGUGACCUCGAAUUGAAAGCACUUCAAUUGAUUUCCCUGCCAUGUGCCGAGAAGGAAGGCAAGGAGUGAGGGGAUGAGGGACUGAGGGCAGGAGGAGGAAAGAUUGAAACGCCAGAUAGAGAAUGAGAAUCCAGACUAGGGAGAAAUUAGGAAUAAAACAGAUUGAAGAGCUAAAAAAAAGUGUCUGUCAUUCUGAUUUUCAAAAUCCCUAUCAAGAAAUGAUCUGUUCCAUUUGACUUUUUCCUGCACUAAAAACUGAUGAUCCCACUAAUGCAGCCGAAUUCAAACACAGUUCCUGGUUUAGUUUUUAAAAACAAAAAUGGAGACUUUGUUCAUAAAGGCCUUCCAUUUUAAAAUGUUUUGCAUAUGAUGCAUCUACAACAGCCGUCUACACUAGGUGUACAGUAACCGAAUGUUACCUAGACUUAGACUUGAACUUUUCUAAAUGUAAGAAUAAUUGUUGUUUAUCUCAUGAAGAAUGUAUUCUAUUUCAAAAGUAGAGAUCGACCACUGGAGCAAGCUAGCAGAAGAUAUUCUUAAGGAAAUCCGAAUGAAGAAGAACUUCCUCGGCCUAUGAUAUUGCUCUCUCUGUGGGUAAAGUGAUGUGUUUGAGGUUUACAUCACUCCUCAGAAACAGUGUUGGAACUGCUCAGGACAAAAGUAGGUUUGCACUUGACAGUGUUGUGAACGGAGAGGAUUUGUCAUUAAAAAUGUGUGGUGCAAGAUUAUGCAGUAGUAUGCACUGUAAACAGAAUCAUGAUGUUUUUUCUCAGUGUCGUUGUCAAAUAAAUAUUUAAUUGCAAUUUUAAACCCUCA